ACCCUGAAUUCCCAAUUCGACCAAUCUCUCAACUUUUUAUUUUUAUUCAAAAUAACCCCUCUUCUUUUUUCUUUAUUCAUUUACCUACCAAAGACAACAACAAAAGACAAUUAGGAUUUAGGCCCCAACCGCAACACAUAUCCCCUUCUCUCUCUCCCUCUCUCUCUCAGUCUGGCUUCAAGUAGGUAAUGGAUGCAAAGAAAGUGAUAGCAAUAUGUCAGUCUGGUGGAGAAUUCGUGACCAACAAAGAUGGGUCCCUCUCCUACAGUGGAGGAGAGGCCUAUGCACUUGACAUUGACCACCAAACACAACUCCAAGACUUCAAGUCCGAAUUAGCCGAUAUGUUUAACUGCACUACUGAUACAAUGACCCUCAAGUAUUUCCUUCCCGGCAAUAAGAAGACUCUCAUCACCAUCUCCAAGGACAAGGACUUGCAGCGAAUGCUCAACUUUCUCGGCGAUUCCUCGACCGCUGAGAUCUUUAUCAUGUCUGAGGAAGCCGCUGCGCGAAACGUAUCCAACAUGCCCGCUAGUAGGUCAAGCAGGACAACUGUGUCAGAAGCAGUUGUUCCUGUGGUUGAGGGUGCUGAUGUUGCAGCUGAAACAGGCACUGUCACUGACCAAAAUAAUCUGAGCGCUUAUGAAACCCCUCUGCGGGUUGUUCCUCCUGGUUCCAGCAACGACACUCAUCGUAAAGCCGCACAGCAGUGGGAAAACACGAUCACUGGUGUGGACCAAAGGUUUAACAGUUUCAGCGAAUUCCGGGAAGCUUUGCAUAAAUACUCAAUUGCACAUGGAUUCGCUUACAGGUACAAGAAAAAUGACAGCCACCGUGUCACUGUCAAAUGCAAGUCUCAAGGCUGCCCGUGGCGGAUUUAUGCAUCAAGGUUGUCAACUACCCAGUUGGUUUGCAUCAAGAAGAUGCACGCUCAUCAUACGUGUGAAGGAGCUGCCGUCAAAGCAGGGUAUCGCGCAACAAGAGGUUGGGUUGGGAGUAUCAUAAAGGAGAAGCUGAAAGUUUCUCCAAAUUACAAGCCGAAGGAUAUUGCUAGUGACAUCAAAAGGGAGUAUGGGAUUCAGUUGAACUAUUCGCAGGCAUGGCGUGCGAAAGAAAUCGCCAGGGAACAACUUCAGGGCUCCUACAAAGAGGCAUAUACUCAGUUACCCUCUUUUUGUGAGAAGAUUAAGGAGACUAAUCCCGGGAGCGUGGCUACAUUCACCACAAAGGAGGAUUCCAGCUUUCACCGUCUCUUUGUAUCGUUCCACGCCUGCAUUGUGGGGUUCCAACAAGGUUGCCGCCCUCUCAUUUUCCUUGACAGCACUCCUCUAAACUCGAAAUACCAAGGCGUUCUGUUAUCUGCCACAGCUGCAGAUGGCAAUGACGGCAUCUUCCCGGUUGCAUUUGCUGUUGUGGACGCCGAGACGGACGAUAACUGGCAUUGGUUCUUAAUGGAACUCAACUCCACUAUUUCUUCGACAUCUCAGCAGAUGACAUUUGUCGCCGACUUCAAUGACGGCUUGAAGAAGUCAUUGGCCGAGGUAUUCGACAAAUGCUACCACGGAUAUUGCGUACGCCAUCUAGCUGAGAAGCUCAACAGGGACUUAAAAGGGCAAUUCUCUCACGAGGCAAGAAGAUUCUUGAUCAACGACUUCUAUGCUGCUGCUUAUUCCCCGAAACUUGAAGGCUUCCAAAGAAGCGUGGAGAACAUAAAGGGUAUUUCUCCUGAUGCUUACAACUGGGUCAUCCAAAGCGAGCCUGAUCAUUGGGCCAAUGCCUUCUUCGGAGGGGCUAGGUAUAACCUGAUGACAUCAGGGUUUGGGCAGAACUUCUACAGUUGGGUGUCAGAGGCAAAUGAGCUUCCAAUAACACAAAUGAUUGAUGUUUUGAGAGGCAAAAUGAUGGAGUCAAUCUACACAAGAAGGGUCGAGUCGAAUCAGUGGACAACAAAGCUAACACCUUUAAGGGAAGAGAAGCUUCAAAAGGAAACUAUAACUGCUCAUACUCUUCAGGUGUCAAUGUCACCUCAUGGAGGCUCUACAUUUGAGGUCCACGGAGAAGCUGUGGAGAUUGUCGAUGUUGACAAUUGGGAUUGCAGCUGCAGGGCUUGGCAGCUCGAGGGCUUGCCUUGUUGUCAUGCAAUUGCUGUUAUGGAAUGGACAGGAAGAAACCCUUAUGAUUAUUGUUCUAGGUACUUCACUGUGGAGAGUUAUCGGUCGACUUUUGCAGAGUCGAUUCAGCCCGUUCCCGAUGUGGACAAGCCAUUGCCUUUGACAGAGUCGUCAAGUCAGGCAUUGUCGGUAACUGUGACACCCCCGCCUACUAGACGACCACCGGGGAGGCCAAAGAUGAAGCAGCCCGAGUCAUUAGACAUGAUAAAACGACAGCUCCAGUGUAGCAACUGCAAGGGCCUUGGGCACAAUAAGAAGACUUGCAAAACUACACUUCCUCUUCCUAGUAUUUCCUCCUAGUAGUAACUACACUCUGGUACACCUUCUUAGGCAAUUAUUUGUAAAGUAGGUUGGCGCUUGAUUUCUGCUUUUUCGUCCAGAUGUAUAUGCUUCUUCUCCUGACAUUUUUUCGUGGACGUUUUAGGAUUUUUGCGCUUUUUGCCAGUUUUAAGAUUAGAUUGAUAGGUUAGGGUACUAUUUCUCUUCUUUUUUUUUGUUUUUAAACACACUCUGGUUGACGAAUUAUCUCAUUAUUUUUUGCCUCCCACCUCGUCGCUUAUCAUGUUAGUUGUCUUUUUUAUUUUCUUCUUGAAACUCUCGUUUGUCGCCUUUGCCUGUGAAGUAGGAGCGGUGGACAAAGUUUCAAUGAAGUACACGUAUUAUUUCUUUUCAUA